UUUAACCUUAGACUAGAAGUGAUAACAGCAUAACACUACACUUUGUUUUGAAAAUCACUUUUAACCCUAGCUCACCGUCGCACUCAACAGCUGGUCGCCUUCGUGUUCAUCACUACCUAUGACCGUCACACCCAGCUCACCUUCAUGUUCAUCCCAGCCCUUCAUCUAACCCUGGCGUCCAGCCCUCUCUCGGUCGCACCACCGUAGCUGUUUCUCAACAGUCUCUCGCACCUAACCCUCGACCAUCAAGGCAAGUUAUGUCAUUGGAGGAGGAACUGUCCAUCGACGCUGCUCCGUCCACGCACCCUCAAUUUGACUUCUUCUGUGGCUGGUGAAAAAUGCAAGAUCCAAGGAUUCCUUUGUCAGAGGAGUUCUUGAAAAAUAAACCAAAGAAAAAAAAAAUUCUCAAACCAAAAGGCAUCUUUAUUUGAAUUGCAAGGGAAUAAUACCAAGGAAGAGGUACAUGCUCCUAUAUCAUCAAAACCAGGAUAGAAGGGUUCCAAAAGAGAUUUGAUGACUGAAGUCUCACCACCUUUUGUAAAACAAGAGGGUUCCAACUCAGAUUCUUUUCCCGAUUCCUCUACAGCUGGAAAUGAAUACCGAGCAUUGAGGCGGAAGUAUCUGUUGCUGGAGGAUGAGAGCUUUUUAUUAGGGAAAGAGCUAAGAGAGUUAGCUUUGCAAACAUCUCAAGUGUGCAAAGAACUUGGAAAGCACUUGAAAAUUCAAGUGAUGGUUACAACUGGUGGUACUAGCCUGAAAGAUGAUAUCUUACGCUUAUAUCAACCAGUUUAUUUACUAGUUGGGACUCCUGGAAGGAUAUGGGAUCUCGCUAAAAAGGGUGUUUGCGUUCUGAAAGAUUGCGCAAUGCUUGUUAUGGAUGAGGCUGAUAAGCUUUUUUUCCUAGAAUUCCAACCUUCUAUACAGCAGCUGAUUCAUUUUCUUCCUUAACACUGACAAAUUCUAAUGUUUUCAGCAACAUUUCCUUUUACUGUAAAAGACUUCAAAGAUAGGUAUCUUCAAAAGCCAUAUGCAUUAACCUUAUGGAUGAGCUAACCUUGAAGGGUAUCACACAGUAUUAUGCAUUUGUCGUAGAGAGACAGAAGGUUCACUGUCUAAAUACACUAUUUUCUAAGGUUUUGAUUUUUGGCUUUGUACUGAUAUGUAUCUGCACUCUAGCAUCCCCUAUAACAUAGUCAGCGUCCUUUUUAGCUGAUUGUGAAUGAUGCCUAUUUGAUCUAGUAUGGCAUUUCAUAAUAUAUAAUUGCCUUCGCUUUAUGUUUGUUAUUUUCCAAUACUAUGUUUGUGAAUGCUGGCUACGCUACAAGAUUGGCUGCCAAUAGGCUUAUACCCUAUGAGAAGAUUGCUGCCUCUUAAUUAUUUAACUUGAGGGCCACCACCACUCCACUACUUGUCAAUAUAUAUAAGUGUUAAUGUAUAUGAUAAGUUUGUUUUUUUCUUUUCUUUUAGUGCUUUUUCGUGGUGUUAUCUGCCAAUCAUAAAUGAGUCAUAGCUUAUAAGUUAGGAUAAGAUAGAAAUAAUAAUAAUGAUAUGAAUAUGGUAUAGUAUAGUAUAGUAUGUAUUCCCUUUCCUUUUGCUUCGAUAUUUAUGUAAGUUCUGCUUGCUAAGUAAUGACAUGUAUAUAUGAUAUGAUAAUAAUGGAGGUGUCUCUGAUUCCACGUACAAUAACGGUACUCAGAUUAUGUUUUGUUUUUUUUUUCUUUAGUACAUUAUACACACUACAGUAUGAGAAAGGCUCUUAAACCAUUCUUUCUGAGCAUGAGUUGAGAAUCAAAUCCUAGUGUACUUCUUAGCAAGGCAUUGGGCAUAGAGACGCUAACCUUGAAGGGUAUCACACAGUAUUAUGCAUUUGUCGUAGAGAGACAGAAGGUUCACUGUCUGAAUACACUAUUUUCUAAGGUUUUGAUUUUUGGCUUUGUACUGAUAUGUAUCUGCACUCUAGCAUCCCCUAUAACAUAGUCAGCGUCCUUUUUAGCUGAUUGUGAAUGAUGCCUAUUUGAUCUAGUAUGGCAUUUCAUAAUAUAUAAUUGCCUUCGCUUUAUGUUUGUUAUUUUCCAAUACUAUGUUUGUGAAUGCUGGCUACGCUACAAGAUUGGCUGCCAAUAGGCUUAUACCCUAUGAGAAGAUUGCUGCCUCUUAAUUAUUUAACUUGAGGGCCACCACCACUCCACUA